AUGUAUAGGAAAAACGUGUUUGUCUGUUUCAUAGGACGCUUGGCUAGGAAGUUCAGGGCCCUGCAGGAGGUAUGGAUUCUGCCAUGGUGGGGCAGUGGGGGGUUCGCAGCCGCCCCUCUGUGGGCCUUGGAUGCCCUGGUCCUUGUUGUGAAGCUAUGCUCCACAUGUACCGUGGCCGUUGGGAAGAUAUUUGUACCACCAGUUUUGAAGAGUAUGCAUGGAGAAACUGUAUUGAUCACUGGAGCAAGCCACGGAAUCGGACGUGAAUUGGCGAUUCAGUUGGCUGAGCUCGGCGCUACCGUCAUUUGCUGGGACAAGGACGAACGUCGGAACCACGCCGUCGUCCAGGAGAUAAGGAAGAAUGACGGUGACUGCUUCGGCUACACAAUAGACGUAACCGCGAGGGAUCAGGUGGCCGCGUUGGCGAUGCGCAUGCGCAGGCAGCAGACGGAAGUAUCAAUGGUGAUCAGCAACGCUGGUACCACGACAUGCACACCUAUUAGCCAUCUGCGACCUGAUAUUGUCGAGAAACUUAUUGAGGUCAAUUUGUUGGCGCAUUUUUGGGUAAUACAGGCAUUUUUGCCCGCCAUGAUGGAACGUCGUCACGGACAUAUAGUUGCGAUUAAUUCUAGCGCAGGUUUGAUGCCCUGCGCGGACAUGAUACCCUAUUGCGCUGCGAAAUAUGGUCUGAGAGGUCUAAUGGAGUCAAUAACAGAGGAGCUGAGACUAGACACGUGGACUAAGGGUAUCAACACUACAUCAGUGUACCUAGGCACGGUGUCGACUGGACUCUACCCGCCGCCCGCGCAUCGUUUCACAUCCUUAUACUCCGAAAUUACUCCGAAGGAAGCCGCUGCGAUUAUUAUUGAAGGAAUACGCAAAAAUCAAAAAUGCAUCAGCAUACCUUCUUUCAUGAAAUCUCUAAUCGACAUGAGCAACCUUCUGCCGUACAGAAUAAGGAUUGUUUUCACCGAUUUUUUCAACUUCGGCCACAGGGGCUGGUUUUGUUUUUGCUAAGAAUUUAAUAACG